CUUAACUCUUAGCUUAUAUAUAACAAUGUCACUCAUUUUCCUCUUUCAUUCCCCUUGAAACCUCUCUUCUCUUUCACCUUCUGGUAUGGGACUUCAAUCGCAGAAGCACGAAAAGAGGGUCUUGGCCGAGAAAGAAAGCAAGUUCAAGCAGAGGAGCAGCAGCAACAACAACACCAAAAGCAAGUUUGUUGGGGUGAGACAAAGGCCGUCAGGGAAAUGGGUGGCAGAGAUCAAGGACACAACCAAGAAGAUUAGAAUGUGGCUUGGAACAUUUGAAACUGCCGAGGAAGCUGCUCGAGCUUAUGAUGAAGCUGCGUGCCUUCUUCGUGGUUCGAAUACCAGAACCAACUUUACCAGUACUCAUGUUCCUUCAAAUUCUCCACUGUCUUUGAAAAUCAAGAACCUCCUCAACCACAAAAAGAGCUUGAAACAACAAAGCCCUUCAACCCCCAACACCAUAAAAACCACCCCUAAAGCUAGUACUAGAAUUAGUAGUACUAUUACCGAUAACAAUAUUCAGAGUUCUAGUUACUACAAUGCUAAUUGCAGCUCUCUGCCUAGUUUCAAAUCCCAGAACAUUGAGGUCUCUGGUGAUGCAUAUAGACCAGACCUCAGCCAUUGCAUUGGGGAUCUUCAAGUACCGGCUAUGUUCCACUUCGAUCAACCAUGGCAAUUCUUAAGCGGGUUUGAUCAGCUUCCGCAUAACCAUGAAGGGCUGUAUUUAACAAAAGGCAUUGCCACUGGAGUGUCACAUAGUGCAGCAGAGCCAAAUCAGCUGACAGAAUUCGAACACGCAAAGAUAGAAAGACAGAUAACUUCUGCUUCAUUUUAUGCAAUGAACGGAGUCAGCGAGUACUUGGAGACUGCAUAUGAUGAUGCAAGUGAUGCCUUGUGGGAUCUUCCUACUCUGUCUCAGUUGUUCUGCCUGGCCGAUGAUGCCUGAAUUGGCUAGUCUUCUUCUCUCGCCUACUACUCUAGUGUUGUAUGAGUGAAUUUAGUGAAGGGUAAUUUUUUAAGGAACUCUUGAGAAUCCAUGUAUAAUGUAUUAUGCAUAUUAAUAGUCACUGAAAUGUUUGUCUCGGC